AUGAACACGUUCAGACCAAGACAACAAGGACGUGGAGGUGGAGGAGGUGGAGGUGGAGCUGGUGGAGCAAGAGGUGGUGGACCAGGCAAACAAGGUGGCGGUUGGAAACAGCAACAACAACAGAGUGGCUUGGAUGGAGGACUACUCAAACUCGGUCCACAAUACGAUGGCGAUCUCGAGCUGUGCAAGAAGUUCUUAAGUGGAUACCGCUAUGGUGCACCAGACGAGUUAACCCCUGGCAAAUACAUGAAGAUGAUGGAUGAAAUAUGUUUGAGAACAAGAAGACAAUAUGAGAUUGAGUUGGAUGAUGUGGCAAGAUCAACAGACAUUGAGAAUGUGUUGGACUUCAUUAUGAGGAUCGAGAGCAAUACAUUGAGUUACAUUAGAUUGUUCACUGCGGCAUUGGAGAGUUUGAUGCCCGAGCGCAAUGUGGACUUUGACUCUAUUCAAUCAGACGUCGGCAAUUCCAGUGAUGCAGUGAUCGAUCUGUUGAUGGCCGAGAGGAAUCAGAGACAGCAACAACAACAGCAACAGCAACAGGACCAGCACAGACAGCUUAAUCAGCAGUCACAACAGCAGCAGCAACAGGGCGGCGGGGCAAAGAAGAAUGACAACAGUGCUCUGCCCGCCGAGCUGCUGCGCCGCUUCGAGCUGCUCAUCAUCCCGCGUCGACUGACACGCAAUGCGCCAAUCAAGAUUCGAGAGAUCAGAAGCGAGCACAUUGGACGACUGGUGUCCCUCGAGGGCAUCGUCACAAGAGUCACUGAUGUCAAGCCCAUGGUGACAGUGGCCGCCUACACAUGCGACAACUGCGGCGCUGAGAUGUUCCAGGAGGUGUUGGCACGCGAGUUCAUGCCAAUGAUCUCUUGUCGCAGCCAGCAAUGCGCGGAGAGCGGACAGGUCGGCAGUCUUACGCUGCAGAGUCGUGGCUCCAAGUUCAUCAAGUUCCAGGAGCUCAAGAUCCAGGAGAAGUCAGACAAUGUGCCCAUUGGUCACACACCACGCACCAUCAAGGUGUUUGCUCGUGGCGAGUUGACGCGCCAGGUGUCACCCGGCGACAUGAUCACCCUACACGGCAUCUUCCUGCCCACGCCAUACUCUGGCCACAAGGCCAUCCGUGCCGGCCUGCUGGCCGACACCUAUGUCGAGGCAAUGCGUAUCGUUCAACACAAGAAAACGUACGAGCAGUACGUAAUGACAGAGACGAUGGAGGAGCAGCUCAACGCCGCGACAGCCGAUGGCACCAUCAACAUCUACGAGCAAGUGGCCAAGUCGAUCGCACCUGAGAUCUACGGCCACCUCGACGUCAAGAAAUCGCUCCUGCUACAGAUGAUUGGCGCGCCCGCCAAGCGCAUGGCGGACGGCAUGAACAUCCGUGGUGACAUCAAUAUAUGUCUGAUGGGCGAUCCAGGAGUGGCCAAGAGUCAGUUGCUCAAACACAUCUCCAAGAUUGCGCCGCGUGGUAUCUACACAUCUGGCAAAGGAUCCAGUGGUGUCGGUCUGACAGCCGCCGUCAUCAAGGACUCAGUCACUGGCGACUACGUGCUGGAGGGAGGCUCGCUCGUCCUGGCCGACAUGGGCAUCUGCUGCAUUGAUGAGUUUGACAAGAUGGAGGACGCAGAUCGUACGGCCAUCCAUGAGGUCAUGGAGCAGCAGACCAUCUCCAUUGCCAAGGCUGGCAUCACCACAACGCUCAACGCACGCACAUCCGUGCUGGCUGCGGCCAACCCCGCAUUUGGUCGCUACAACUUCAAGAAGAAGCCCGACGAGAACUUCAAUCUGCCACCCUCACUGCUGUCCAGAUUUGACAUCCUAUACCUCAUAGUGGAUCGCCCCGAUCUGGAGAAGGAUCGGCUGCUCUCCGAGCACGUCACCUACGUGCAUCAGAACAGCAAGCCGCCCGAGCUCAGCUUCCAGCCAUACGACGCCGAGUUUAUUCGUUGCUUUGUGAGCCGCGCGCGUAGACAUCAACCCUUCGUACCAAAGGCCCUGACAGAAUUCAUCGUGAACCACUACGUCACAAUGAGGAAACAAGAGGGAGAGACCAAAGACCCAUUCACAUACACUACCGCGCGUACCCUGCUGGGUAUCUUGCGUCUGGCGCAGGCACAUGCACGCUGUCAACUUCGCGACCAGGUUGAGGGCGCCGACGUCGAUGAAGCCAUGCGCCUGAUGUACGAGUCCAAGGCAUCGAUCCGGAUUGAUCGCGAGAAGCGCAAGCAAGUCGACCCGAUCACCGCCAUCUACGCCCUGAUACGAGACCACUGCUCGCGUAACUCAACCAACAUGGUCAAGUAUGCCGACAUUCUGCCCAGGGUGCUGACGGCCGGCUUCAACCAGUUGCAGCUCAACGACUGUCUGGACGAGUACAAGGAUAUGAGCAUUCUGAUGGUUGAUGACCCUAGGACCGUCAUCAGGAUCGUCGGUGGUCAUACAGGCGCAAGAUCAUAA